UUGGCUCCUACACGUCUCGCCUGUCGCUGGCUCGCUGGCCGCUGCCAGACCCUUGCUGCCGCCGUCGCCGUCGCCGUCGCCUCCUCUUCCCCAACUCCGAUCAGUCUCAGGUCGACACGCGCGGGCGGCUGGGUCCAGGUUUCUCCGGCCGCGGCUCGCUUCCACCACGGCAGCAGCAGAAUAUCUCGUGGAACAUGAGAAUAGAGCAGUGAGGUUGUGUUGAUCGAUAGGUUUGGAUCUCGGUUGCGAUUUGUGAUACUAGCAGUGCACACCAAGGAAGAUAUUGCGGGCGCCUUGGAAUUUUGUUGGCGAUGGAUGAUAGUAGCUCUAGCAAGAGAAAGCCUGAAGCGCAGCGAGAGGGUGAGAGCAGCGCCAAGAGGCUCAAUGUCACCUUGGGGCUGGAGUCCCUUGACUGCCCCAUCUGCUUUGUGCCCCUCAGUCCUCCGAUAUUCCAGUGCUCCGUGGGGCAUUUCAUAUGCGAGGAUUGCUGCGCGGAUCGAUUGAACAACAAGUGCCACUUAUGCUCUGUAGAAACUUCAUUUGAGCGCUGCUUUGGGAUGGAACAUGUCGUCCAGUCGGUCACAGUAGGUUGCUCCAAUGACAAGUAUGGAUGUGCAGAGAAGGUCACCUACUACAAGAAAGAAGAACACAAGAAGGCAUGCACGUAUGCCCCAUGCUUCUGCCCAGAGUCGGGUUGUGGCUUCGCUGGACCAACAAAGGUGCUACUGGACCAUUUCACCACCCAGCACAAGUGUCCGUCGACAACCCUCCCAGACUCUGGCAUGCUGUCUCUCUGCUUACAGCCGGGCUUACAUGUUGUGAAGUGCACCGGGAACAACUACUUUUUCUUGCUCAGCAUGGCAUCAGAGCCUUACGGACAUGCCAUCUCAGUCGUCUGCGUCCAACCAAACAUGACAGAAUCCAAGUUCACAUGUAAUAUGAGUUACGACUGCAUAACGACGGGCUGUUGUGGAUGUACAAGCUGCCACAUAAGAAGCUCUUCACUCUCUGAUGGGCUUCCGACAGUGUAUGACUUGAUACUUCCCAAGGGAAAGGUUUCUGACGAUGCAAACGGUAUCAUGCUUAGAGCCACCAUUAAUCAGCAAACUUUAAGUCACAGCAGAUCUUGUUUUCGAGGGAAGGGCCCAACUUCUGCACUUCAACAUAGGCCCGAUACUUACCAUGAUGGUGAUGAGGAGGAUGAUACACCUUUACGUAUCAGCAGAUCCCAUCUUCGAAGAGAGACCACGACUCCUGCUGUUCAACGAAGUCCCGAUACUUAUGACGAUGAUGAUGAUGAUGAUGAAUGGUUCGCGAGGAUGAUGAUGCGCAGCAUGAGGAGGGCAUCUCAUUAUAGACCUCGAAGUCUCAGUGGACCUCAAAGUAUCUGUCUUGAUACUGAUGAUGAGGAGGAUGAAAUACCUUGAUCUCUCAGAAGAUUCCCCCCUGCUGCUGAACGAAGUCCUGAUACUUAUGAUGAUGAUGCGCAGGAGGAGGAUGAGUAUGAUGAUAGACCUGUAAGUCUCGGCAGACCUCCAAGUGCCAGCCGUGCUUGUGUAUGCUAAAGGAUUAGCGUGGACUUGCUGGUUGCUGUUGUUCUGCCUGGCUUUUGCAGUUCUGGUUCCAGGAUAUAUAUGUCAAGUCUUUAUCUUUA